AUGGCAGUAGCUCCUUUCAUCCUGAGGCGCUAAUAUCGCCACAAUCCGUAACAUUCUUUCUGUUUAAUCGUUACGCAGAAGAAGGAAAGAGACGAGUUAGUUUAAAUACAUUCAUAAUCAAGUAUUUACAUGGAUUUAAUUUUCUUAUAAACACGCAGUAAAAAAACAAGAGAACAAUGGGUGAACGUAAAGGAACAAAUUUAUAUUACCCACCUGAUUAUGAUCCACGGGUUGGAGGACUUAAUAAAUUUCUUGGUACUCAUGCAUUACGUGAAAGAGCACGUAAAUUGCACAUGGGUAUCCUUAUUAUCAGAUUUGAGAUGCCAUAUAAUAUAUGGUGUGACGGAUGUGGUAAUCAUAUAGGAAUGGGUGUUCGUUACAAUGCAGAGAAAAAGAAGAUUGGAAUGUAUUAUAGCACACCUUUAUAUCAGUUUCGUAUGAAAUGUCACCUUUGUGAUAAUCACUUUGAGAUAAAAACUGAUCCAGCGAAUUUAGACUAUGUGAUAGUUAGUGGCGCAAGACGACAAGAAAAUAGAUGGGACCCUAAAGAGAAUGAACAAAUUGUACCGGAAACUAAAGAAGUGUCAUGCAGACUUUAUGAUGAUGCAAUGUAUAAAUUGGAACAUGGUAUAGAAGAUAAAAAAAUAGCAAAAUCACGUGAUUCUUCCUUAGAAAGUGCAAUAGCACUUAAUGAAGCUACGUGGAAAGAUGAUUACACUUCAAACUGUGCAUUACGUUCUGCAUUUAGAACAAGAAAAAAAGAGUUACAGAAAAAACAAGGUGUUGAUCAUAUGUUACUUAAAAAAAAUGGAUUAAAUAUAGAUUUGGUGAAUGAACAUGAAGAUGAUAUAAAGUUGGCAAAACUACUGAUGCAUAAAAAGGAUGGUAAAAGAAAAUCUCAUCCUUUAAAACGUCUGGUUUCUAUUGUACGUUCCAAAGAUAAGUUAAAAAAAGUAUCGCAAUCUGUUGUGAACAGUGAUAAAAAACAUAAAAAUGAAACACCAAAACUUCCAGAGUUAAAACCACAACCUUCAACAUCAAGCACAAUGACCAGUACAUUAAAUACAUCACUAGUUACUUAUGAUAGUUCUGAUACAGACAAUGAUUCAUAGUAUUUUUUUUUUAACUAAUGGAAUGUGUAAUAUAUUGUAA